CCAACUCUUGUUUUUUUAAUUUUUAUUUUCUUAUUAUUUCUUCCCCCUUUCCUUUUCUUCUCCUUUUUAUUACACUUGUUGUUGUGUGUAAAUGAUUGGAAUCUGAAUCAAAGUGCAUAUUCCUUGAGAUUUAUGUUUCCUAUUUUUUGGUGGGUUUUUAUUAAGGUAGAGGAAUAAGUAAAAUUUUCUUGAUGGGAGAUAGUGAGAGCUGCAGCAGCCGGCAAUCGGAGUGGUCGCCGGCGCCGGUUCAAAGCCGGAAAAGAAGACAGAAAGUUGAGGUUUUUAAUGAUGUUUUGGAUAAACUCAGGGAAUUGGAUAUUGAAGAAGCUGCUGAACCCGGUUUUGAAGAUGAGCUCUGGGCUCACUUUAGCAUGCUCCCUCUUCGUUAUGCGUUGGAUGUUAAUACCGAACGAGCGGAGGAUGUUUUAUUGCACAAGAAAUUAUUGAAUAUGGCUCGAGAUCCUCUCACUACACCUGCAGUUGAUGUUCGCCUCGUGCAGCAUCGGCCCGCCUGCGAUGGAAAUUCCGUACAUUCGAGCUUCAAUAAAGGAGACGAAUUAGAGACGAAUAGCCUUCAACUGCCGCCUGCAUUUGGCCUGUCAUCGAAUUACGAGAAUACCCUCGAUGGAAAUGAAUCCGAUGGUCAAGAUGGUAAAUCACAAAAUAUGCGGCCAUUGCAUGAAGUAACAAUUUCAACGAAAGACAAACCGAAGCUCCUUAGCGAGUUGACUUGCCUUAUGUCUGAAAAUGGGCUGAAUAUUCAAGAAGCGCAUGCCUUUUGCUCUCUCGAUGGUUAUUCGUUGGAUGUGUUUGUCGUUGAUAGCUGGGAAAAGGGGAUUGGCCAUCUCAGAAAUACACUGGUGAAGGAAAUUUCGAAUAUUGAGAAGAAGUCGGUUUCUAAACAGGGUCGGAGUGGUUUUGUGUUGCCACCGAGCCAUGUGGAAAUUCCGUACGACGGAAGUGAUGUAUGGGAAAUCGAUGCCAGUUUGUUGACUUUUGAAUACAAGAUUGCUUCUGGGUCAAACGGAGACUUGUACAAAGGUUUAUACCGCAGUCAAGAUGUGGCGGUCAAGGUUUUUAAGACCGAGGGCCUAAAUGGAGAAAUGCAGCAAGAGUUUACUCAAGAAGUCUACAUAUUGCGAAAAGUACGGCACAAAAAUGUGAUACAGUUCAUCGGUGCAUGUACAAGACCUCCUCUCUUAUGCAUCGUUACUGAAUUUAUGUCGGGUGGAAGUGUGUACGAUUUCCUGCACAAAAAGAAAGGUAUUUUCAAGCUACCAGCCAUACUAAAGGUUGCAGUUGAUGUGUCAAAAGGAAUGAGCUACUUGCACGAAAAUAAUAUUAUUCACCGCGACCUAAAAGCCGCAAACCUUUUGAUGGAUGAAAACGAAGUGGUUAAAAUUGCUGAUUUCGGUAUCGCUCGUGUGCAACUUCAGUCGGGAAUUAUGACCGCAGAAACCGGAACUUACCGUUGGAUGGCUCCCGAGGUUAUUGAGCACAAGCCGUAUAAUCAUAAAGCCGAUGUAUUCAGCUUCGGAGUUGUGCUGUGGGAGCUUCUAACUGGAAAGAUUCCAUACGCAUACUUGACCCCGUUGCAAGCAGCAGUAGGAGUUGUUCAGAAGGGACUAAGGCCAUCGAUACCAAGGCACACUCAUCCAUUAGUGGUGGAAUUGCUCGAAAAGUGCUGGCAGCAAGAACCAUCUUUAAGGCCCGAAUUUUCCGAAAUUAUAGAAAUACUACAACACAUGGCCAAAAAGAUUUUCGAAGAAGAAAGGGUUGCCAAAAAGAGAAAUUUGGGAGAACCGUGUCAGAUCAAAGAGGAAUGGCCGAUGAAGAUAGAAAACGAAAAUGCUGUUUAAUGUUUAAAGUCAACUAUGCAUCGUUGACUACUCUUGCUCGGAAAAAAAAUCGAUAAUGGAGGAGGCUGAGAGGGCAUAAAGGUAAGUUAAGAAAGAUACGGUUCUUGGUUGCAGCCCGAAGCCCGAAAAGAAAGAAAGCCCAAGCUCACAAGAUCAACUUUUCUGAAGUGAACUUCUAACAUACUAUAAUUUAUAUACUAUUACAGUUUCCUUUUUUUUUUUUUUGUUUGAUAAGAUGUAAGUUAUAAGUGAAGUUAUGAACAAAGUAUGUAUAUAUGUUUUGAUUGCAUGAAUUGGAGUUUUGAGUUUUUGUAUGUUUAAGAUCAAUUUUGGUCCUCUAACUAUGCUUCAAUUUCGAUUUUGAUGCUC